GCCCCUUUGGAAGGCGGGGCCCGAGGGCUCCUGUGCGUGCACGCGCGCCCGUCCCGCCUGGAAGGAAGCCCCGCCCACCCCGCUCGGGCGCCAGGCAGGCCGGGACGGAGGGGCGGGGCCAGCCCGGGGGCGGGGCCGGAGGGCUCACCCAGGGCUCCGCCCCUCCCCCGACCGAAAGGGGCGGGACCGGCUGCGUUUGCUCGCACCGCAGGCAGCAGCCCCACCGGUGCAACUCGGGCGCCCUCCGCCCCCCUCCCGCCCCCCCCGUCUCCCUCCCUCCCGCCCCCGCGGGGACUCCGGAGGCCGCGCCCGGCCGGCCCGAAGGUCGCGUAAGGGCGCCGGCGGGGCUCCGGGGCUGCUCCGACGGCUGCGUCACUGGCGCGGGGGCCUCCCGCCAGCGGCCCUCCCGGCAGCUCUUGGGCGCAGGAGGCGAUGUGAUGGCGAGCGAGCCCCCCGCCGCCGCCGCCGCCGCCCCCCGCGGCACCCGCAGCAGCGCCCGCCUGACCUCCGGCCCCUGGAAGCGCCCGGCCCGGCCCGCCGCCGCCUCCCCCCCGCCCGGCCCCGGCGCCGCCCCCGCCGGCUGGCCCCGCUUCUGGGAAGGGCAGGACGUGCUGGCGCGCUGGACCGACGGGCUGCUCUACCUGGGCACCAUCAAGAAGGUGGACGCCCUCCGGCAGGUGUGCCUGGUGCAGUUCGAGGACGACUCCCAGUUCCUGGUCCUGUGGAAGGACAUUAACCCGGCUGCCGUCCCGGGUGAGCAGCCCUCCUGCAGCGUCUGCCGCUCCGAGGCCUCCAGCCCCGAGAAUCGCCUGGUCAGGUGCGACAAGUGCAGCCACGCCUACCACCAGGAAUGCCACCUGCCCCGCGUGCUCAGCGACGCCGCCUGGACGUGCCGGCAAUGUGUCUUUGCUGUGGCCACCAAGCGCGGGGGGGCCCUGAAGAAGGGGCCCUACGCCAAGGCCAUGCUGGGCAUGAAGCUGGUGCUGCCCUACCAGCUGAAGUCCCUCGACUGGGAUGCCGAGCACCUGACCAACCGGCAGCAGUGCUACUGCUACUGCGGAGGCCCCGGCGAGUGGAACCUCAAAAUGCUGCAGUGCUGCCGCUGUGGGCAGUGGUUCCACGAGGCCUGCACCCAGUGUCUCAGCAAGCCCCUCCUCUACGGGGACAGGUUCUACGUCUUUGAAUGCUGCGUCUGCACUCUGGGCCCUGAGAGCGUCCGGCGCCUGGCCCUGCGUUGGGUGGACGUGGCCCACCUUAUCCUGUAUCACCUGAGCAUUUGUUGCAAGAAGAAAUAUUUCGAUUUUGAGCGAGAAAUCCUGCCUUUCGCCAGCGAGAACUGGGACAGCCUCCUGCUGGGAGAGCUCUCCGAGACACCCAAAGGAGAAAGGUACAACCAGCUGCUGAGUGCCCUGACCAGCCACAAGGACAGAUUCAUUUCCGGGAAGGAAAUCAAGAAGCGGAAGGGGCUCUUCGGUCUGCACCUGCGAGUCCCACCCCCCGCCCCCCAAGCCCCAGAGUGCCCCGGGCCACCCCUCCUCUCCGAGAGCAGCUUGCUUUCAGGGCAGGGCAGGCGUGGGUCGGGACCGCAGCCCAGGAGGGACAGGUGCCAUCGCCCGAAGGCUCCAGGGGCAGCCUUGAGCACGGAGCAGCGCAGCACCAGGGAGAGGGAGCGGCUGGGCAGGGCCCUCACUCAGGAGCUGGUGCAGAGCCCCAUCAGCCCUAACCAGAACUACGGCGGCUACGGCGGCACCUGCAGCACAUACAACUUCCGCCGCACUGAUGCCCGCUGCCAGGACAGCGCUCCGAUCCGGAUGUUCGCCUCCUUCCAUCCCUCGGCCAACACCGCAGGGACCUUGAGGGUACUGAAUGUCUGUGGAGCUGGGCCGCCCGUGUUCUGGAUAGGAUGCACCCCAACGGCUGACGGGGCUCUGAGCAGAAGCGGUGAGCCCCCCCUUGACCCUUGUGUGGCAGCCACCCCCGCCGCAGAGCAGCAGAGUCCGGAGCGCCCUGCCCCUGCCUUCCUGCCCUGCGCGACGCCUCCCCUCAAACGCCGAGCCGUGCCCCCUCCCCCCCCCCCCCGCCAUGCCCUCCUCCCUCUGCGCCCCAGCCAGCAGCAGCUACUUUGGGGCGAUGGGCCGGCUGGCGCGGGGGGAGGCCGUCCGCAUCCUGGCCCGGCGCAUCGCCAUGGACGGCACCGUCCAGUACCUGGUGGAGUGGGACGGGCGGGGCAUGUUUUAGGCUGCCUGCUGGCUAAAGAGUGAGACUCCACCUGGAGCCACAAGGACCCCCACCCCCGAUUUCCACAGAAGGAAGGGCAGCUGGGGACCUGGGAAAGGGACCCUGGCUGGAGGGCCCCGCCACCUUGCCGCCUGCGCUCUCCCACCCCUCCUAGCCCCCCUGUGGAG